AUGGCUUUCGACAACUUAUUCCGGAAGGCCUUCUGGGGUCUGGCUGGGUGUGGAUUGGUCUAUGCCUUGGCUAUGGUUGCUCUGACAUUGCCAGUGGUCCAGCGCAAUGCCACCUAUGUCCACCAAAUCAAUCCCACCUACUUCCAGGAUCUGAACAAUACCGAGCAGUUUGGCUUUCUCCAUCAUCAAAUCCAGCCCUUCACCAUUGUCACUCCUGACAACGUGACCCUCUUUGCCUGGCACAUCCUGCCAACCCAUCUGUUCUACAAGCAUGAGAAAGCCUUGACUGGACAACCAGACUUUGGCCUGAAGCCAUUUGAGGUUGCUUCCAAAAGCGUCGGCCUCCAACUUCUUCUCGGUGAUCCCACUGCAACUGCCGUGGUGGCUUUCCAUGGAAAUGCUGCUCAUCUCGCCUCCAACUACCGCCCUUCUGCAUAUCAGCAGAUGUUGGGUGUGUCGACACCAGCGAAACCUGUCCAUGUCAUUGCUUUCGAUUACCGGGGCUUCGGUCUCAGCACUGGUAGUCCCACGGAGCAGGGUGUGAUUGAGGAUGCCGUAUCAUUACUGUCUGCUCUGACCGGAGAGUCCGACGACGGCAAACAGCAAAGCGACACAGGGCGCCAGUAUGUGGAUCCGUCCAGAGUCCUCUUGGUGGGACAGUCCAUGGGCACGUUUAUUUCGACAGCCUUUUAUCACGAGUGGGUUGUGAAGCUCGGCAGAGCUCCGUUCAAGGCUUUAGUGCUAAUCGCCAGCUUCACUUCAUUGCCCAAUCUACUUGAGUCUUACUCGUUCAAGGGCCUCACUCCCCCCAUUCUGUCCCCGUUGAUGGCAUAUCCUCGACUCCAAGAAUGGUUGCGCUCCAAGAUCCAAGACAAAUGGGACGCAAGCUCCAGGCUCGUGGAAUUGGCACAGACGCCAGAAGUUGAGCUCAAUCUGGUCAUGCUACACGCUCGCAACGACUACGAAAUCCCAUGGCGAGAGGGCCGGGCCAACUGGGAGUACACGUUGGACGCGGCGUCCGGGGGUAAGAUCGAUUUUGCGCGAAAUCUGGAUCGAGAGGAAUGGAGGAGCGAGGAUGGCAGAAAGCGUAUGCGAUGGGAAAGAGUUCGGCACGGAGGGCAUAACCGAAUUCAGACCAGUGAGCAGGUUAGAUUGGCGAUAUUGCGACUGAUAGAAGGCGAAUAG